AGGUAGUAGCAGGCGGCGGCCGUCGCUGCUCCUCCUUCCCGUUGUCGCGUUUUUUUUUAACAGUACCGCCUCUGCCGGGCGUCACUUCCCUGAGAACAGCUGGAGAAGAAGAUGGCGGCGCUGGGGGAGCCUGUGCGGCUUGAGAGAGGCCCAUUCCUAGCUCUGGAAGAUGGGGACAAUGACAUCUGUCGGGCUAUUGAGUUGUUGGAAAAGUUACAAAGGAGUGGAGAGGUACCUCCACAGAAACUACAGGCUUUGCAAAGGGUCCUUCAAAGUGAAUUCUGUAAUGCAGUGAGGGAGGUAUAUGAGCAUGUAUAUGAGACAGUGGACAUCAGCAGUAGCCCAGAAGUGAGAGCUAAUGCUACAGCCAAGGCCACUGUUGCUGCCUUUGCUGCCAGUGAAGGACAUUCCCAUCCCAGAGUCGUUGAACUCCCCAAAACAGAAGAAGGGCUUGGAUUCAACAUCAUGGGCGGCAAAGAGCAAAAUUCUCCAAUCUAUAUAUCCCGAAUUAUCCCAGGUGGUAUUGCAGAUAGACACGGGGGAUUGAAGCGUGGAGACCAGCUUCUUUCUGUAAACGGAGUGAGUGUUGAAGGGGAGCACCAUGAAAAAGCUGUAGAACUGCUAAAAGCGGCUCAAGGGAAAGUUAAGCUGGUUGUACGAUACACACCCAAAGUCCUGGAAGAGAUGGAGUCACGAUUUGAAAAAAUGAGAUCGGCAAAACGCAGGCAACAGAACUAACGUUUUACAUAUAUCUUAAGGAAAAGCUUGUCUGGUUUACCCAUGGAAACAUUACCUUACAGUUAAAAAGAUAUUAAAAAUGUUGUUAACACUUUGUAUUUUACAAAUCACUCUUGAACAUCCUAACGCUUCUGGGAAGAAAGGUUAUCAUGGGCAUUUCUAGUGAUGUGGUUUUACAGAUCCUUUCUUUAAAAUUCAAACCUGUAACUAUCAAAACAAAUUUGUAAACUGUUUUUAAAAAAUACCUUUUAACAAGCUAUUUUCAGCAUUUGUAACAUCUGUUUUUCUAGUAAUUUUUUCCAUUUGGCAUUAUUUAAAACUGGAAAUCUUUAUUUUGGAUACAGAUAUAGAGCAAGUCUUACUCUUCUUGGCACUUACGUGUCAUCUACAUACAGGUAGUCAUAAUUACAUGGGAAAGUACUAUGCAUGCUUUCAGUUAUAAUUUUAUAUGGUUAAUGACAUCUUGGACACUUUCUUACCUCUUUUUGUGAAUAAUUUGUAACAGGCAGUCUCUUAUAUUUAAUGUUUCAGUGACUGACACCCUAAAAUUGAGCAGUAAUAAUUCCUAUAAAUUAUAUACUUUUGUACUAAUCUCUGAACAUUUUGAGAAAGUGGAAAGCAUAUCUGACUAGUUGUAUAUUUAUAUUCACUAAGGUAAAGUUGCAUGCAGUGCAGAAAACACUGUAUGUACUCCUGUCUGUCUACUCUUGUAAGUUACUUCUGCAGCUGUGUCUACUUGUUCUCUUAUAGUGAUGGAUGUGACCCACAUCAGGUACAUUUGUGGGUGACUAGCUGUUCAAAAUUGGAACAUGAGAGUUCUAUGAAUAUGCUUUUUACUGUUGUCAUAGCGACCAGGGCUGUGGAGUCAGUAUGUCAAACCUUCGACUCCUCUAUUUUUCUACUGUCCGACUCCAACUCCUUCAUAAAUGGCAAAUGUAUAUUAAUUUUUCUACUGUCUGACUCCGGCUCUGACUCUUUCAUAAAUGGCAAAUGUAUAUUAAUGUAUUAAUAUUAAUGAAUUAAUAUUAAUAUUAAAAUAUGGUUUUUAUUUUGAAGUCGGAGUCAGUACAUUUCAACUGACUCCGACUCCACCCAAAAUUGCUUCCGACUCCACGACUCCGACUCCACAGCCCUGAUAGUGACAUAGAAAAACUAACUAACAGAUACCAUAAAUUCUUCUGUGAAAAUACUAAGGUAGCAGAUGCUACUCUCUAAAAAGACAUUCUUCAUUGUGUAAAUCUGUUGGGAUAGUUCUAACCCAAACUGGUUAGUAUUUUGAUACAUCACACAUAAUUUCCUGCUAGGCAGCUCUUCCACUUCUCCAAAGAGUCUGCAGAUUAGGUCCAAAUCCAGAGCAGAAGCUUUAGCUAAUAACUUUUGUUAAGAGAUAGCAGGUGUAUGUAUGGGGUGCUUAGAAAAUAUCUCCUGUUGUACAGUCUUUUCUAGAUUCUGGGAAUCUUGAAAGAAUUCCUUUGGGUGGUGAUCUGCCAAAAUUGUUGUGGGCUGUGCUUUGCAUCUAAGAAUUUCUGUUGAUCGCCUCAGACUACCAUGGAUGAAAAUGUCCUGAGCAGCAUAGUCCCUUUAUGCCAUGGCUUCCAGAUGCGCUACCUCAAACCUGCAGGGCCCUCACAGCUCUGUGUAAGUUUAAAGUUGUCUCAUUCUUUUAAUAUGCACUGCCCAGCCAAAGUGCUUGCAGCAGCUAGAGCCACAGUUUGCAGCUGAGCCCCGCAACUAUAGAAGUGUCCCUUUCUGGGCGUCAGAAAGUCAGUUAGUAAACAGCCUCUCUUUGCUUAUGCAAAUAUGUUUUUUAUCUUGUGGGUGUUGGUUGUAAUGCAGUUUCCAAAAUGUGAGCGAGCUUGUUGGACCUGUGAGAGAGUUAUGGUGGCAGUGGAGAUGAUGAUAGGGUCUUGCAGUGUAUAUUGACCUGCAUUAUAAAUGUUUUCAUUGCUGUUCAUGUUAGAAAUAUUCCAACUUGAUUUAAACAUGUGCUACAUAAAACGUGCUUAUAGACUGUGCAGUUUAAUCAUGGAAGCAUUUAAAUCACUUUUAGCUGUUCAGAAAGAUAACAUAAAGGGCCAGUCUGUAAUUCUCAAAUUAAAAAUUGGGAGCCAUAAAACUAUCUUACUAAUGCUUAUUCAUAGAGACAGUAGUUUGAACAAUAUAAAAUGAAACCUAAUCUGAACUGUGUUUCCUCAGAAAUUAGUAUGGUUUUCAUUGGGAUUUAUUUCAUUAUUGCUUAGGAUAGCAACCUUAGUCUUGCUGAAUGUCAAUAUUUUUACCUUCUUUUAAUCACUAAGUUUUUAGCAUGGCUCGAUUGAGCUUCACGCCACUAUGUUGACAUUUUCUGCCCUACAAUAUUCCAGGAAUAACAUUUUUGUGAGGGGUGUAUAUAAGAUGGAGAGUUAUUCUGCUUUCCCCAGAAGCCCUGUACUGAAAGUGUCAAUUGCAAAAUAGAUGCAUGGAACCUGCUUUCAAUCUUUUCUCCACUAACCGGCUGAUACUCUUUAUUGCCUCAGAUGAAAAUUGUCCGUGGUUCAACCUCCUUCUUUAUUAAAGAACUAAAAAGAGGUUUACUUUGAUGAAACUUUAAAAUUUCUGGCUUGGUGUAUCUAGCAUUAGCCUGAUUAUCCACUGGAUGUCAGUGUUCAGCUAUAAAUGUAUGCAAGUGGAUAUGAGUAAGUGUCCUCUGAAUUAACUACAUGCAGUCAAAUAUUGCUAGAGUGCCAAUAUGAAAGGUCAUAAGAGUAGAUUUUAUAUUCUAAUCACAGGAUAAAUCUUGUGUUUGUCUGGAUGACAGCAGGUUAAAAAAAUGUAGUACGGUUGCACAAGUAACCUUAAGUCCUUUCUGAGCAUUUGGACAUCAUGAUGUUUUAGUGACUGAAACCAUUAAGUGUUUGGAAAAAAUUUUUUUUAAUGUCAUUUAGAUAAUACUGAGCACUGAAUUGCAUGGUUUAAAUAUGUACCUUGCUGCAGAAGGCAACCGUAGAACCAUGGUGUUGAACUGUAUGCUUUUUAUGGAGCAAUUUAAUAUUUAAAAUAUUAAGACCAAAAGAAGUAGUUGGGCCAAUCAUGAAGUAUUUUAUUUUAAAUAUAUAAUACUAGAUUUGUGUUGGAGCUUUCUAUAUUAAAAAGAAUAGGGACAAAUAAAUAUAAAAUUUGUUAAUCUACUUUUACUGAAUAUAGCAAUAUGCUUUGUUUCUCUAAAAAGGGUUAGUUUGGGGUAGCCUGGGCUGCUAUAGAAAAGUGCUUAUGGCUAUAAUCCUUUUACCUGAUUGCCUGGGAUUGAUCACCAUUGAACUCAAUGGGAUUUCCUUCUGAGUAGACAUGUAUAGGGUCGCACUAUUGGGGUUUUUAAUUCAGUAGACUCCAAAUCUAUUGGAUUAAAAUUUGGUGUGUAGAGAGUGAGAUGGGGGACAGACAAUGGCAAAAUAUAUUUUGCCUCCUAUCUUUCUAAACUGUCAAAAGUAGUAUGUAAGAGACAUGGAGCUAAAACCAUCUCAUGUCUGAAAUUUGCAUCAAUAGAAACUGAAAGGGUUUCAAAGCUAGAUGCUUGUGUCUACUUAAAACUGGUCUUUUUUCUUAGUUGCUGCAGUCCAAAUGGGAUCUUGAGCCCAGGUUAAUUAAGGUUAGAUUAGUUGGAGAAUCAAGAAAUGGACAUAUGAAAUACUACUGAACAGGUGCAAUGAGUAUAUUGUGUUGGUGUAUGCACAUAUGCAAUAAUUUAAUUACCAGCAAAAAUUAAGAUAGACAAUACUGUGUGUGUAGUCUCUAUGUACAUUUUGCUGCUUGAGGGCCCUGUAAAUUUCUAGAAACAUGAAA